GGUUUCUUUGACUUCGCGAAUCCAAUCCAAAAUCGAAGGGAGGGCCUGCUGCCGACGCCCACGUGCAUCACACCAGCAUGUCGAGUCUACAUGCGCUGCCCGAGUAGCCGACGCCCCGCACGCCCCGAAAGGAGGGAAGAGGCAGAAAAAGAAAAGGAGAGAGAACCAAAACAACGAACGGAUCGAUCGAAUUGACCGCCGCCAAUCGAUGCCGCAACCAUGGACCGACGCCCAAGAGCAGGCUUGCCUGCGGCCGUGGCACAAUGGAUCAAGUUCCUCUCCAACGCCCAUACCCGACGACUAGAUGCCGAAGACUUUGCAUCGUUCGCGCCCAUCCUCUCCUCAAAGCACCCCCUGCCUCGCGCGCUUGUCGCCGAGCUGCUCCUCCGCCCGACCAAGGGCAACCAAGACCUGCUGGAUCCGCGCGUGCCACAGUACCUCGAGGCACUCCUGAAGCUCAAGCUCGUCGACGCGCCCUCGGUCCUGAGGGCCCUCUACAAAUUCUCGACGGCGCAUUCGAAAGCGCACCCUGCCCCGGCAGAGGCGAAUGGCGCCGGCAACGGCAACCCAAGGGGCCACGGCUCUGAGCAGCAACAACAACAAAGGAGCCAAAAGGUCUUGCGGUGGCGGAGCUCAUAUUCCUCCGAGGAGGUCAUCUUCUGGCGCCUCGCAAAACACAUCUCGGCUGUCAAGGCCAUCAAGACGGGCAGAGAUGCCGUCGAGCUACUCACGGUCCUGGCCAAGUGGAUGACGCUCUUCGCCGACGCCGCCGCCGCCUACUCGCGCGACGUUUACAGGACCAUGCACAGCCUGCGGGCUAAGGAUGAGAUGGAGAACUCGCGCGCCGCCUUUAAUCUUCUUAUUCUCGGCGUGUUUGAGACAGAAACCGUUCUCUCUGUGCUCGGCCGACAAGAGGCUAAAGAACUUCGCAAACAGCUGUCGGACAGCCUGGAUAUCUAUGUUCCGUCUCUCAUGCAGGCACCAUCUGAGAUAGCGAGCCGCAUAGAGCACUUCCGAUCGCAGACUCUCGCCAGCUUCGACCCGACGGACAAGAAAGACACGGCGAUAUCUGAAAUAAACAGGUACAUGGACAACCUGAUCGGCUUGGACAGCUUCCAGGUUCCAGAGAUACAACUAGACAACUCGCGCGCCGGCCUAUACAUUUACCUUAACGCUGCGCUUGUGGGGCGGCCACUCGUCGAUGACACGGCACUAUUCACGUACAUGCACAACAGGUACCAGGGCGACCUCAACACGAUGGCCAUACAGCUUAUCCUUGCAUCCUUUGACGUUCUUGCCAACGCCGUCUUCCGCGGCGAGGGAGCAAAGAAGGGCCACCUGCUCAAGUCGUAUCUGGUCAACAAAGUGCCGCUGAUCCUACGGUCUCUCGCCGCUUCUUCGACCAUGUAUUCCUUCAAUGCCGAGCUGUGCAUUUCGCAAGCGCUGGGGCAGGUCGACACCAAUGUCUUCCCAACACUGUCGGGCUUGUUUGACAUGCACAAUUCUGGCUCGGGCCCGUCGUUUCAAGACUCGGUCCGGCAGGAUUUCUGCUUCGCGUGCCAGCUCCAUGGCCUGCUCUCUCCAAAUGCCACCGAGAAUCUUCUCGGAGACAUCACCUACCAGUCUCUGCCGGAUGAGGGCCGCUACAUCAAAGAGACACUCGUCGAAGCCUGUCUUGAAGACCUAGACAGAACGCAAAAACUGAUUAGGGAGCUGGACGAAGUGAACGGAAACGUUGGUGCUGCGGCCCAGGCCAUAACCGAGGUGAUUCGUAGUCUCUGUCGCAACAAGGACACAAUGACUCUCAAACAAGUUUGCAGCCAGCUCGCCAGUAAGCCCGUGUCUCUGGACAUUCUGCUUCUUUUCGAGAAACCGGAGAGGGUCCUUCACCCGUUGUGCGAAAUCCUGGACAACUGGAGUGGGUAUGAUGAGGACCAAGGGGAAUACCAGCCCGUCUACGAGGAGUUUGGGUCCAUUCUCCUGCUCCUGCUGGCAUUCACAUACCGGUACAGCUUCACCCUUGCCGACUUGGGCAUCCGCUCGGCCGAUUCGUUCAUGGGAAAGCUGCUGAGUAGAGGGCAACUCUGCCGGCCCUUGGAAGAUCUCAGCGAGCAGGAGAAGUCACACAUGAAUGGAUGGAUUCACGGACUCUUUGACAGCGAGGCCGGCGGCUUGGGAGAUGAGUUGAUGGCUUCGUGCCCACCGCAAGACUUUUAUCUGCUCAUGCCUACGUUAUUUCACCACAUCGUACUGGCGCUGAGUACCGGAUACCUCACCGAAGAGAUGCUGAAAGGGGGUCUCGAGUACUUGGUCGACGUGCUCCUCCUGCCAUCGCUGGUCCCCGCCCUCUCGUUCCUGUCAAAUCGCCUUUGGGCCGAUGAACCCCAGGGGCAACGCGCCAUUAUCAAGAUCCUCCAGCUUAUCUUGGUGCCGCACUCCAUUUCAAAUGAGGCAUCGGCCUUGCUCUCUUCGGUUCUCAAUAUUGUGGCAAAGCCUCUUGAGCACGCAUUGCGCUCCUACCAACGGCAGGACCCAAAGUCUCCGGAAGUGGAGCCUCUGCUAAGGGCCCUGAAGGAUAAUCUCCCAGUAUCCAGGCGAACGGGGGGGGCCGACCACAGCGAACUCGAGCAGUGGACGGCUACAAUCAUCGGGCCAAAGGAAAUCGGCGGUCUUUCGGCAGCCGUCAGGCAAGCGGUGCAAGGCUUGAUCCAGUGGGCACAGCAGAGCUCGCUCAACGGGUUGAUACCAACCACCACAUAUUGUCACCAACAGACGCUAGUAGCCAUCCAGAUGCUCGGCGCCAAACACGUCCUCUGGAUCCUCCUGGAAGAGCUAAAAGCCUUCACGGAGGCAGGCAAUGCGCCUGUGGCCUACGACGUGGUCACGGCCAUUGUGUGUGCGCCAGACGUCAAAAACGACGCCUCGACGGCAGCGGCGGCCACGGCGGUGCCGGAUGAGACGGGCGCGUUUCCGGCCCCGCUGCAACGGCGGCUCACGCUCCGGGAAGCGCUGAAGGCGGAGGCGGACGACUGGAAGAAGAUACAGAAGAGUAACGAGGCGAUGGCGGAGACGGUGGUACGGCUCUACCGGCGCGUCGAGGCGCAGAUGGCGCUCCCGCCUCCGCCGGCGGCCAUCUUGCAGCCCGAGCUUGGGUCGCUCGGUGGCGACGAGCUCGACGAGGCCGCUAUGACGGCCGCCGUCGCUACCAUGGUCGACUCGUCGGUCGACGCAAUGACCAUCGACACGACGGGUCUAGGCUCGGGGGUCGAUUUGGGGGACCUUGGGCUGAAUAGUGGGGCGAACUCGGCCGUUGGCGGGCUGGACAUGAGCAACGACGACAUCUUUGGCGGGCUCACGGGCGUGACCGACUUCACUACGGAUUUCUCGAGCUGGGACACGAUGGAGUUGGGGUGAGUAGGGCGGUGUCGAAUAGAUGAGGUGCGGUGUCGGCGGGUUUAAUAUCGGCUGAAGGGUGAAUUAAGUCUAAGUUCUAGACUCAGACUCUAUGACUCCUCGAAGUGAAGAGACUCGAGCGUUUUUAUUUAAUUGGGACGUUGGGUAGCUCGUUGAUCACGAUCAUAUGCACAGCGCAUACAAAGCAUUAUUCAUGUAUUUAUUUACGUCGGCGAGGGAGGGAGGAAAUCUUGCGCAGCCUGGGUACGCUCUAAUAGAGGAGUGUACUUAAAACAAUGUUUCUUUUUGACAGAUUGUCCCUCUGUUCCGGUCAUUUAUGCCUAUGUACAGACCAAUCCCUGAAUGUUUGUUAGUCGAGGACUGACUCCCCAAAGUCUGAAUGGCCUCAAUACCUUUC